GUAAUAAUCGACUCGUUAUGCAAUGAAUGACUGACUACAUUGACAUGCCAAAGUAUAUUCAGUUGCUUUAGUCACAUAGGAUUGUGCAUCGUUGUUCCGUGCGUUUCUAUCGAGACCUUAAGUCGACGAGGAGUACCACGGCCAGUUCAAAGCAGAAGCAGAUGCUUCGUUGGUGCCGCCGUUGGCUUGGGGGAUGCCGACGUAGCCGGAGCGGCGGCGUUGGGUGCGGAGGACUGCAAACACGAGCACGGCCGCCGCCACAAGCGCCGCGGCGGAGCUGGAUUCGAUCUCGACCCCAUUCCAGUAGGAUGGCGUCGUGUGGUCGUAUACGGCCGUCAUGUCGACGGUGGCAUAGUUGAUGCGCUGCAUUGGGUUGUUCAACUUGGCGGCGAGGCGCUUGGCUUGGCAGACAGAGGACGGAUUGGACGCCGCGCAUUCGAUCCCAGCAUCCAAGUACGCCUUGGACACGUGGCGAGAGAGGGUCAUGAGGGAGCCACCAGUCAUGUCGACCGCGUUGUUGGCGGCAAGAACGAUCACGGCGUCGCCCGUGGUGACGUUGGCGGUGGUACGGGCGUCGGGGGUAAGAGCUGGGGACUUGGAGGUUUUCGCAAGAUUGUCCACUGUGGUAGAUGGGGUGGGGGCAACAAUCACAUCGGUGGUGUUGGUGAAGUUGGAUUCCGCCAAGUAGUCCGCCACAUCAACGGCCCCAGUUGUGGGCUCGGGGGUGUCUUCUUCAAGAUCAGGUUGGUUGGUAGUAGUGGUAGGGGCUACAAUAACAUCGGUGGUGUUACUGCUGGUGGUAGAGUUAUCCGCCAGGUUGU